AUGAUUGCAAGAAAUGACGGACACGUUGACUGGAGUGCCUCGGUCAUUAUCAAAAGUUUCUGUAAAAUCGACAUUCGAUUCUUUCCAUUUGAUCAGCAGCAGUGCACCCUGACAUUCGGUUCAUGGCAAUACCCACAGUAUUUCAUAGAUAUGGAGGUAGGCAUGGGAAACACAUCGUACUUCGUUGAUAACGGUGAAUGGGAUUUAGACAACAUGGACAUAUCGAGGCAGACGGAACAUUACGAUCACUUGGACGACCCUCAUACACCAUUCGCGCUCAUCACAGUCACGUUAGACCUUCAUCGGCGCCCACUGUUUUAUGUUUUAAAUUUGAUAGUGCCAUGUGCUCUGAUAUUCGCUGUCACGGUGCUAGGAUUCUAUUUACCGUGUGAUUCUGGGGAGAAAGUAACCCUCGACAUAACCAUAUUACUGUCGUUGACAGUGUUUCUAUUGUUGGCAUCGGAAUUCAUGCCGCCGACAUCCGACACCAUCCCAUUUAUAGUUCAAUAUUACGUAAUGACUAUGGUACUGGUGUCGCUGUCAACGGCCAUGACAGUGAUUGUACUCAACUUCUAUCAUCGCAAUCCGGGAUGGUAUGAGGUGCCACCAUGGCUACGUAAUAUGGCCUUCGGUUGGCUGGGCAGGUCACUGUGUGUAAAAUCAGACCAAGUAUCUCCAGAAAAGUCAGCAAAAAGAAACAGCAGCAGAAAAAGACUUGAACGCAGACAUGGAUUUGAAACGGUAUCCCUGUUGACAAAUAGGGAGAGUACUAUCCGUAAAAUAGACGAAAUCUGCAUGGAGAGGCUUUCAGUGAGGUCCAACAACUGUGAACGUCAUAAAAUGACCUCAUCACCCGGUAUAUCCAAUCGCGGCAAUGACAAACGUUAUGUUGAGCAUUGUAAUCACUGUGGCAGUGAUUGCGGUAGUCAAGUAACGGCGGAAAAUAAUCAACAUAUUUUGAGAGAACUGCGUAAUAUAUCGUUAAAAGUGGGGGACGUGUUGCAACUAUACAGCGACCAGUUGGCGAAUGAGGACUUACACAAGGAAUGGAAACAGGUCGCACGCGUCAUCGACAGAGCGUUUCUUAUAAUAUUUUUGACCUUAGCAGGAAGAUUCGGACUGUAUUUUGCAAGGUUUGACGAUGACAACAUUGAGUUGACAGCUUCACUGCAGUACCUUCAAUGUUCACCGAUGAGAAGCAAUGGUUAUAUUACGGCGGAG